AUGGACAGAAUGAAUUUUCUCUCCUUCUUCCUCCUUUGCUUGACUUCGGUUGCCAAUAGCAACAAAGAAGAUUUAUCAUCCUGGAUAAACAUGACUCUGAGUCAACUUCAUUGUUCCAAUGAUCAUCAUGCUGGAGGAAGGCGAAUGAAACAGACAGCAUGGAGGGAGAAUGAAACAGACAGCGUGGAGGGAGAAUGUCAGAGAAGGAGGAGGUAGAGGAGAGUGAUGCAGGGAAGACGAGGAGAUUGAAGGAGAGAUGGAGUGUCAGAGAAACACAGAGAGAGAGAGAGAGAGUGGGGAGAAAGAGAGAUGAGGGGAAAUGUUAGGCGAGACGGGGGAGAAGGAGCUGUGACAGGAGAGGACGUGGCCAAGAAGACGCAGGCUGAUAAGGAGGGAGGAGGAGGAAGAAGAGGAGGUGGUGCCAAUAAGCACAAGCCAUGGAUCGAGACAGAGUACCAGGGGAUUGUCAUGGAGAACGACAACACCGUGCUGCUCAAUCCCCCUCUCUUUGCCCUGGACAAAGAUGCUCCACUACACUACGCUGGUGAAAUCUGUGGCUUCCGGGUCCAUAAUGGCCCCUCAGGUUCAGGCUCGGUCCAGUUUGAAGCGGUGGUUCUGGACCGUUCCACUGGAGAGGGCCUGGUCCGGUCCAAGGAGCCGCUGGACUGCGAGAGCCAGCGGGAGCACAGCUUCACCAUCCAGGCCUACGACUGCGGAGAGGGACCUGACGGAGUCAACAGCAAGAAAUCCCACAAGGCCACCGUGCACGUUCGAGUUAACGACGUCAAUGAGUUUUCCCCUGUGUUCGUUGAGCGUCGCUACGAGGCGUCAGUCCCAGAAGGGCGUCUGUUUGACCGAAUCGUGCGUGUGGAGGCUCUGGAUGCCGACUGCUCCCCGCAGUACAGCCAGAUCUGCUUCUAUGACAUCAUCACUCCUAAUGUGCCCUUCGCUAUCGACAACGAUGGUAACAUUAAGAACACAGAGCCGUUGGAUUCCAAGCGCCAGCGGGUUCACACCUUCUGGGUGACUGCCUUCGACUGUGGAAAGAACCGUGCUCAGGCUGAUGCCCAGGUUGUCGUCACGGUCAAGCCAUCCUGCAAACCCGGCUGGAUCGGAUGGACCAAGCGCGUAGAGUACACACCUGGGUCAGGUAGCAUCCCCCUGUUCCCCAGCCUGCAUUUGGAGACGUGUGAGGAGACUGUGUGGAACAUCCAGGCCACCGUAGAGCUCCAGACCGGCCACAUCGGGAAGGGCUGCGACCGAGACAGCUACUCUGACAGAUCUGUGCGACGGCUGUGUGGUGCUGUCAGGGGUGAGGUAGACCUCCUCCCACCUCCAUCUCCUGCUGCCAACUGGACCUCAGCUCUGCCCACUCUCCCCUCCUCUGAUUCAUCUCUGGUCUUCUCCUUUAACGGAUCCAACCACGUCGCCGUGGUGCCGGAUUCGGUUGUUUCGGCAUUGUCGGGUGACCACUUCACCCUGCAGCUGUGGAUGCGAAGGGGCGGUGCCAACAUCCAGCCUGCGACCACUCAGACCAGAGGAAGUCGCAAGGAUGAAGAGACUAUUGUGUGCAGCACUGUCAAGAACGAUGAUUCCUUCUCCCACUAUUCCCUCUCUGUCCACGGCUGCCGCCUCUCUCUCUUCUACUGGCCCGACGUCUCAGCUGCACGGCCCGUCAAGUUCUUGUGGAAACUGGAGCAGGUGUGUGACAGUGAGUGGCAUCAUCUUUCACUCAGCGUCCAGUUCCCCUCGGUGACCCUGUAUGUCGAUGGUGUGACCUUCGACCCCGCCCUCAUUCAUGACAACGGAGCCAUCCCCAACCCUGCCCCCCGCCAGAGGAUGUUUAUUGGCGCCUGCUGGGAGCCUGAAGAGAAGCAGAAGGAAAUACUAAACAACACCAUCCCAGAGGGUAAAGACUCAGUGAAGUAUGUGGGUGGUUACCACGGCCUGUUGUCGGGGGUGACGGUGCGUCCCGGCAGCGUGGAACCUCACAGUGUGGUGGAGUGUCUGUACGCCUGCAGGGAGGGCCUGGACUUUGGAGACCUGGAGACUCUGGGCUCUGGCAUGAAGGUUCAUGUGAACCCCAGCCAGUCAGUGUUGGUGCUGGAGGGAGACGACAUUGAGAGCUUUAACCGUGCAGUGCAGCAGGUCACCUACAGAAACUCUCUGCGUUUCGCCACCCCUGGAGUCCGACCCCUCAAACUUACCACCUCGCUCAGAUGUUUCAACGAGGAGAGCUGUCUGUCACUCAAGCAGCUGGAAGGAUACCUGGUGGUUCUCCAGCCUGACGCCCCUCAAAUCUCUCUGUCUGGGGUCGGCCCUCAUCUGGCUCGUCCUGCCCCUGAGUUUGAGGGUCCCCGUGGUGUCCCCCUUUUCCCCGAGCUCCGGAUCGUCUGUUCCUUGUCUCAUGCAGUCAACACGGCUGCACAGGGGAUGGAGGGUGGAGCUCUGAUGUCUGACGCUGUGGCUCACACUUUGGAUGGCUGUGAGGUCCAACCACUGGGGGAGGAGCUAAACCCAGAGAGGGAGGAGCUUCUGGUGGACAUGGAUGUUGUGCGAGAGAGGGGGCUGGAAAUCAUCAAUACUACUGCUUACAUUGCCAUCACAGGUGCCGAAUCCAUCUCUGUGUACGAGGACGUCCUUCGCUCGGUCCGCUACCGACUGGCCAAAGGCUCAGCCCGCUUCGAGAGGCGGUUCCGCCUGUCCUGCUCUGAGAUGAAUGGCAGAUACACGAGCAAUGAGUUGACUCUGGAGGUGAACUUCCUCCAUUCACUGGAUAGUCUGUACCACCCAUCCCACCUGCUGGCCUCCCAGCAGCAGUUUCUCCAUCCGUCCCACCACGCUGGAGAGCUGAGUGGACACACUCUGCCCAAUCCUCACCGCAACUCAGUGGUGCCAGGAGCAGCCACCGUCAUCAUAAUGGUGUGUGUGGGUUUCCUGGUUGUCAUGGUGAUCCUCGGUGUUUUCCGAAUUCGCUCCAUCCAUCGCCGUGGUGAGGAUUCCAGGGGCGGGGCUAAGGAGGGUAGCAGCCAAUGGGACGACUCUGCCCUCACCAUAAUCGUCAACCCCAUGGAGUCCUAUGAGUCUCGUAUGGGCAUCUCUGCUGACACAGAGGGGGAGGGGGAGGAGGACGAGGAGGUAGCAGAGUCACCUGAAGACGCCAGCGACGACCAGCGAAUCAUCAUCAAAAAGGAGGGGAGGGACGGCAACGCCCGCCGCUACUGAGCCACAUGUGUCUCUGCACCAGUUCUCAUGGAAACCACAAACAGGCUCACCAGUCACACACUACAACACUUUUAAUAUCAACGACUGCUGACACUACUAGUAUAAGGAAUGUAUGCUUACAAACACUACGCACAACACAGUCACUGUAAUACUUUUGACACUCAACGCCAUUUGUGACCUACAGCCAACAACAGGCAGUUGUUCACCACCUAAAUGUUCAAUGGCACAAUGUAUACAUUUAAUGUAAUUUAACCGCCUGAGCAAACCCCACGAAAAUCGUAUGUGGUGCACCAGUUCUAAAUCACAAGAUGGUAAUCUGUCUGUAUAGUGAAAUACCAGUUGAAUGAGACUGCUUUUGUUUAAAAAAAAAAAGAAGAAAAAAAGAUUGUAUUUUAUCUUUUGUUAUUGAACACAGAAUGAAAAUGUAUGAAGUCUUUACAAAAUGAAAACGGGAACAAACCGCAACAUGCAGGCCUUGAAUAGAUCUGUAGGCAAAGACAUGAGCCUUGAUCCCGACAUGUCUCUGCACUUCCUUAUUUGACUUGACUUGAGGAGUCUGUGCACAAGCUCUUUUCUCCCUCUUUGCAUCCUCUCUCGACACAUUCCUCGACCACUGUUAACCGCAGAGUAAAGACAGUGAGGUCAGACAUUACGGUCACUCAACAACUUAUUCAUAAAAACUCAAAAACACUAAGCUUGCAGGUAUUUUUCUCUUGGUAUUGUGGCUACUUUAGUGCUUCAGCUCUCAGCUAUAUUUCAUGUGGUGCUGAAGAUAAGAUGAGAAGAUCUGAGGACUAUCAACCAUACCCGGCACCCGUUACACAAGUUGGUACUUAUGCAAUACCCAGACGCCGAGUAAAAGCCUCUAGGUGUUGAGUCAGGAGUCUUUGCAAAGUUUAGCUUGUGCUGCUAAAUGACAAAACAUAACCAUAUACAGUAAACCUGGUGUACCCUGACCUUUGACCCCUCUCACAGUGACCGCUGGAAUGUCUCUAGAUGACUCUCACUGCAGUCUGUACACUGAUCUUACAUUAACUGCAAGACGUCACAUACACACACACACACACACACACACACACACACACACACACACACACACACACACACACACACACACACACACAGUAGACUCCAUAAUGCUACCCCUGCUGUUUCCAGAAUGUCAGCUCAGCUUGGGCAGUUUUGAUUGUAUUGAUUGUAAUGAAAUUCCUGUACAUACAAUGAUGAAUAUUAUGAUGUUAUUGUUAUUACUAUUAUUAUUGCAGCCACACUUCUCUUUUUCUGUGUAUUUCGAGAGGGAGCAGAUUAUGAUUUACUUUUUCCCAUUUGAGUUAUCACUUUUACAGCAUCAGAAAACUGUAUAAUAAUAUUAAUAAUAAUAAUAAUAAUAGUAGUAGUAGUGAUACGGAUGAUAAUCCCCAGCUUGAUGAGUGUCUCUUAAUUUGUGUGUAAUGUUGUAAUUUAAGAACUUGUCAAUAUCUGAAUCACAGAAAAAGGAGGGCACAUUGUUGUGAUACUUAGAUACGUCUCACUCAUUUCAUUUUUCACCAUUCCAGGUCAUUUUUUCACAUUUCAAAACUGAACCACAUAAUUAUUUUCUAUUGCACUCCAUCCGCUAUAUUUGGUUCAAUGAAUGUACAACUGUGUGCUUCUCCUCACUGCCCCCUGCCUCCCUGUCUUUUCCCCGCACCUCUCCCUCCCUCUCCCUCUGUGUCUCUUGCUGUCUGUCUGUGUAGCCUAUCAAUGUGCAGUGCUAAACCUGUCAGUAAAUAAAGCCUGUCGUUUUUGAGUGUGAUGUUAAGAAGGAAUAAACAUUGCAUUGAUUAAUAACUUAUAUUAUUACUAUGUUACUAUUGGAACAUUACCUGUAAUUAUUGAUACAAUGAUGACAUGGAUUAUGCUGACUAAUUGUUAUUGAGAACUGUCAGAAAACAUUACAAAAUUCAUAAU